UCAAUGCUACUCUGUUCUCUACAUAUAUACUAUUGCAAAGAAAUCACCUAGAAAUUCUAAAACAACACACCAUACCCAAAAAUUCAUCAAUUUCCACCCUUUAAAAACAGACAACUUCAUUCCAUAAAAUUCAUCAUCACUCAAAAAAUCAACCUCACAAACAUGUGUUGCAGACCACAUUGGUUCUGGUGCUUAUAUUGCACAAUCUACGGAGUUAUGUUCUUUUUCAUGAUGUUCUCAAUCAUCUUCUGGAUAGUAAUCUCCCCCACAAGUGUGAAGUUCCAUGUAACUGACGCUACUCUCUCCGAGUUCAACCUCACGAACAACAACAACACCUUAUAUUACAAUUUCAAACUCAAUAUCACAGCACGAAACCCCAACAACAACAUAAUAGUCUAUUAUCGAAGAAUCACCGCAAUUGCUUGGUACAAAGACAACGAUUUCGGUUAUGUGAGUUUGACACCCUUUGAUCAAGGACACAAGAAUACCACUUUUCUUGGACCUAUAGAGUUUAAAGGGAAUACAAAGUUCAAACUUGGACGUAAACAACUUGACGAGUAUUUUGAAGAAACGCGUCUUGGGGUUUAUAAUGAUUUGGCUGUUGAUUUCGAUGUUCGAAUUAGAGCUAAAUUUGGAGGUUUUAAAAGUGGUCGUUUUAAUCCACCGGUUGUGCAGUGUCGUCGUUUGAGAGUUCCUUUAGUUUUUUCGUCCAAUGGAACUAACUCAUCAUGGACAUUUUCUUUUAGUAACAGAAGAUGUAGUAGUGGUUCUUUCUUUACAGAUCGUGAUGCAGAUGCAGGAGCUUAAUAUAUAUAUAUAACAAUGUGAA